AUGUCUCAGUCUGAAGAUAUUCUGAAUCAAGACAUCUGGAAUAGCCGGAACGACAUCGUGCCGCCUGCCUCUAACCAUGAUAUCGCCAUACACUACAAAAGGGCACAGUCAAUUUGUGUCCAAAGUGGCCUGUCACAAGAUGAUAUCAUGAACCUGACCCCGAAAUAUUGGGAUUUCCAUUUCGAUUUGAUUGCUGCUCGCGAUAUGACUGCGUACAUCAUCGCGAUGAUACACAUCAAUCUUUGCAUCGGAACGUUAUGCUCGUUCAUUCCACAUCGCCCCGAUCUACAGCCCCUAUUGGACAGACUCUUGAGAUUUGAGGUCUGUGGGGGGUUUAUGCUAACUGAGGUCGCCCAUGGCCUGGAUGCUCGGAACCUUGAAACAACAGCAACACUACUUCCAGAUGGCUCGUACGAUCUGCAUACUCCCCAUGCCGGGGCUGCAAAGGCAAUGCCCCCAAAUACGCCUUACUGCGAGAUGCCCCGUGUGGCUGUAGUAUUUGCUCGCCUUAUGGUAGAUGAGGAGGACCGCGGUGUGAAGCCAUUUCUAGUGUUGUUGAGCGACGCAAUGGGUAUGCGACCUGGCGUCACAUCCCUUAUGCUUCCUACAAGGCCGGGCACAAAGCCAUUGGAUCAUUCUUUGACCUCUUUCAAUCACGUUUCCCUACCUUCGACCGCACUGCUCGGCUCUAGCUCUAAGCCAGAGAAUGGCCGCAUCGAGUUCCUGCGUCAUAUCCGGCGCGUGCCUGUGGGAACAGUGUCCUUUUCUAUUCUGGGUAUCUCGGCUAUCAAAGUCGGGACACGCAUCGCAGCUGUCUACAGCGAGAGGAGGACUAUAGCAUCGGUCGACGGCGGUAAGGGGCGGAAACGGAUCAUGGACUUCAGCACUCAGCAAGUUCCAAUUGUUGAGGGAUGGGUGCAUGAAAAAGUCUUGAAUGCGUUCGCUCGCUGGACUAUAGACAUGUGCCCAGAUCUGACUGACCCUACACAGCAUGCACUGGCUACCAUUUUCAAGGCGACGGUGGUCAAGGCCUCUCAAGUCUUAAGGCCACUCGCCGAGAGGUGUGGAUGGCAAGGCUUCUUUGCGUUCAACCAGAUAAGCGAGCUGGACCUUACAUUCCAAGGGAACACCGUCUCCGAAGGCGAUACGUUGGUUCUAUGCAUCCGCUUCAUGCCAGAAGUAUUGGCGGGGAGUUUGGUCCUUCCACAGGCAAUGAAUAGAUCAUCUCGCUUAGCACAACGCGAAGAAGAUCUAAUUAGAGACAUGAAAUCGCGACUUGAAAGAGUCGGAGGCUACGACAAUCAUCGCGGUCCUGCCUUCGAUCGCUACAUUCUGCCUCGGUGCAGAUUACUAGCAGAGGCCAUUGGGAAUCGUAUGGCUUACGAGGCGGCUGAGAAGUCGGGCAUCUCUUCGGGGUGCUCACGCUAUCCCCUACCCGCACUUGAGCCCUUGGUCCAGGCACGGGCGCCAUCUCGGUCUUGCAGCUCAUAUAGCGCUGUCCUCGCCCAGAUCAGAUCAGAGUCUGUUACUCCAUCUGAGGUAGACGAUUACAUAACAGCCCCUAUCACCUCCGAUAAGUCUUGGGAAUCAUUCAUGAAGGGUCUUCAGAUGCUUAAGAGCCCGCUAGACGUGCUGACCUCUCUUUCGAAACUAUAG